GCUCCUCGUCCGACUCGUAGUCCUCAGCUGCAUAUAGUCGCGUGCUGCUGCUUCUUCCGAACCCCAGCUGCUUGCUUCUCAUCUCGUUCUUGCUUCUUCUUCUUCAGUUCUUGGCUGCCGCGGGGCUGUCUCGCGCCAAAAGAUCGGGUCUUGCAAGGCUCCUGGCUUCGUCGGCGAUCGAUCGAUGAAGGUGGAGAGGGGCGCGGGGGGAGUGGAGGUGGAGGUGGCGGUGGCGGCGGAGGCCGAGCGCACCGCGAAGAGGAGGCGGGUGGCGGGGGGCAGGAGGGGCGGAGGAGGUGGCGUGGGGCGGCGCGCGAGGAGGAGGCGCGUUCAGGCGGAUGCGGCGGCGGUGCAGCGGCUCUUCCAGGCGUGCCGCGCCGUGUUCAGGGGGCCGGGCACCGUGCCCAAGCCCGCCGAGGUCCACCUGCUCCGCGCCAUGCUCGACAGAAUGAGACCGGGAGAUGUCGGUCUAAGCCCAGAUCUUAAAUUCUUCAGGACUAGAGAUGCUGCUGAAAGAACCCCGACAAUUACACACACGACAAUAUACAAAUGUCCAGAUUUUUCGAUGGUUAUCUUCUUUUUGCCGCCAAAUGCGGUCAUCCCUCUUCACAAUCACCCUGGAAUGACGGUGUUCAGCAAACUGCUCCUCGGAUCAAUGCAUAUAAAGUCAUAUGACUGGGUUGAUCCUGAUCCUGAUCCUUCGGUGAGCAGUUGUUCGUCGUCAUCCAACGAUCAAUUGAGAUUGGCAAAACUGGUGGCGGAUGAUGUUUUUACAGCGCCUUGUGAUACCUCAGUCCUGUAUCCAACGACAGGAGGGAACAUGCACCGGUUUACUGCCAUCGCACCUUGUGCAAUUCUCGACAUUCUUGGCCCCCCUUACUCCAUAGAAGAAGACAGGGACUGCACAUACUACACCGAUAUUCCAUAUACACACCAUUCGACGGCAGACGAGGGUGGUGACCUCACCGGCGUCGAGCAAGAAGGAUGCCGUCUGGCAUGGCUGAAGGAGGUUGACAUGCCGAGGGAGCUGAAGAUGUGCAGCGUCCAUUACGGCGGCCCUCCUAUCUCGGACAAGUGACUGCCGCCGGCCGCCGGCCGUCGCCAGUUCCCUCCGGCCGUUCCUAACUGAUGCUGGGCUGAUGACAGAAUCGUUUAACCUUGUGAAUAGCAGCAAGCAGCCAUAAGCCUCUUCAGUUUGUGCAUGUUAUCUGUGCAAGAAUGCUUUCUUGCGUGUGCAGCUGUGCGGGCAUCGUUGAGAUGCUUGUUUGUCCUCCUUUUAGUCUUUUCGCCCUCUCCAUGUUCUGAAACAUACUCUUUUUUUGUCCUGGUUAAUACGCAUAGCAUCCAUAUAUUUCAUUUCGUUUCGUCC